CAUAAUUAUUAUUAUCAUUAUUAUAUUAAGGUAAUGUAACAUGCAAUGGGCCAAAAGCCGAGCUGCUUAGGGUUAUAAUUUCUCAAUCGAUUCUCUUCUCAACUUUUCUAUCAAUCCUCGCGAUUAGCUUCUCCGGGAGGCACACAGAUUGGUAUGUUUAGUUUGGAACUCGCAUUGUUUUGUGAAAUUGGAUCUUAUUAUGGCUUGCUUCUCCUUUUUGUUGCACCAGACCCUUCCUUUUUUAUCUAAAAAUUUGUAAAAGAUUCAUGGGGACUUAUAAUGUUGUGUCACCUGAGAUUAUCUUGAAACAUGAUGAUUAUCGCCUUUUUUUAUUAUAUUAUCUGUAAACUAAUAUAUUAGUUCUUACUACGUACUGCUCCCUUUCUUUUCUCAUUUUUGUGAUGGAUGUGCCCUGUCCUGUGUAAUGCUUAAAUUUGCCUCCCUUUUUUUGAUAUAAGUCGUGAGCUAAUUUCAAGAAGUUCAUUUCUUGAUAUUUUUGCACCACCACACCAUCAUUAGCCUCAUAAUUAUAAUUCGGAAAUCUCUUUUUGCCUUUCUCUGUUUGUACUGCUGAUAAUAUCAUUAGUCCUUAGAAGACUUUCACAUUGUGACCACCUUGAGUCUUAUCUCAUCAAAUUAAGAAUCAUGUUCUGAAACUCCUUUUGCCUUUGACUUUGUUUCCUCCUUUCAAUAUGUGUAUACUUCUUCCCAUGAAUUCUUCUGGCCCCUGUGCCUUCUCCACAGUUAGCCUGCAAGCUUGUUUACUUAGAUACAUAAGAUGCCAAGGGCAAAGGGAAAUGCUUCAGCAGCUUCUGAACCAGUCAAACCUGAAAACUCAAUUGAGUCUGAUGAGAGGGUUGAUCUAGAUGGAGAAGAUGAUCUUGAGGAGGUGAUGGACGAAGAGGUAGAGUAUGAAGAAGUAGAGGAGGUGGAAGAAAUAGAAGAGGAAGAAGUGGUGGAGGUGGAAGAAGAGGAGGAAGAAGAGGAGGAGGAGGGGGGCAAUGAUAAUGGUGAUCGAUCUAAUGCCCAAAAAAGCGUCACAGGUAAUAUCACAGAGCUUGAAGGUGAGGAUGAGAGGAAAAAACGUGCUGAACUUCUUGCCCGUCCUCCUCAUGGUUCUGAAGUAUACAUAGGUGGCAUUCCUCACAAUGCUUCUGAAGAGGAUUUGAGGGGGUUUUGUGAGUCUGUUGGAGAAGUCACAGAGGUUCGAAUGAUGAAAGGCAAAGAUUCAAAUGAGAACAAAGGCUUUGCAUUUGUGACCUUUAGAAAUGUUGAUUUGGCCUCUAAAGCCAUUGAUAAGCUGAAUAAUACUGAAUUCAAGGGUAAAAGAAUUAAAUGUUCAACAUCUCAAUCAAAGCAUCGGCUAUUCCUUGGCAAUGUUCCCAGAAACUGGGAACUGGAAGAUUUGAGGAAGGUUGUGAUGGAGGCUGGGCCUGGAGUCACUGCUGUGGAAUUGGUUAAGGAUAUGAAGACAAGUAAUAACAGGGGCUUUGCUUUCAUUGACUACUAUAAUAAUGCAUGUGCUGAGUAUUCAAGGCAGAAGAUGAUGAACCCAAAAUUUAGACUGGGCAAUAAUGCUCCUACUGUAAGCUGGGCUGAUCCGAAAAAUGCUGAUUCUUCUGCUUCUUCACAGGUUAAGGCAAUAUAUGUAAAGAAUUUACCAAAGAAUACAACCCAAGAUCAGUUGAAGAAGCUAUUUGAACACCAUGGAGAAAUUACAAAAGUGGUUUUGCCACCCGCGAAGUCUGGCCAGGAGAAGAAUAGAAUUGGUUUUGUGCAUUUUACAGAGAGGUCUAGUGCUAUGAAAGUACUGAAAAAUACUGAAAAAUACAAACUAGAUGGCCAAGUUUUGGAAUGUUCUCUUGCAAAACCUCAGGCAGAUCAGAAGUCUGUUGGAGUGUCAAAUUUACCAAAGUCACGUCUACUUCCAAGUUAUCCGGCUGGUGUUGGAUAUGGUUUGGUGGGAAAUACCUUUGGUGUUCUUGGAGCAGGUUAUGGUUCUGCUGGCUUUGCACAGCCAUUGAUCUAUGGAAGGGGACCAACACCUGCUGGUAUGGCAAUGAUGCCAAUGCUUCUUCCUGAUGGUCGGAUUGGAUAUGUCCUGCAGCAGCCUGGAGCACAACCACACUCCCCAUCUUCACGUCAGAGAAAUAAUAGCAGGAAUGGCAGCGGAGGUGCAAACAGAAGUGGUGGCAACUCUGGUAGGGCUAGACAAGGCAAUGAGGGUAGCAAUGGUGGGCAUAGGUAUCGUCCUUAUUAAUUUCUAAUUUUCUAAGGUUGUGGUCCUAGAGAGAAGUAUCUGCAUUCCUGUCUCAUCGUUCUGAUUAUGAUAACAACAAUACAUUUGUAUAACAUUGAAAUUUUACGUUUGCUUGUAAUUAUAGAUGAUAUUGGGUUUUCAGUGCCA